AUGUUAUGGUACGUGAAGAAACACUACAUUAAAGUAAGAGCAAUUGGAAACUUGGUGCUUUACAUUAUUCGACUGGUGUACUUUUUUGUACUCAGGGAUAGUCUUAGACGUCACCAUUUGAGCGAAGACUAA